CUGAGUAUGCUGAAGCCCGGGGAGGCUGCUGGAUCUGCCUUCCUGAAGGUGGACCCGGUGUACCUGCAGCACUGGCAGCAGCUCUUCCCCCAGAGCCAUGUGAAGGCUGGAGUCCUGAGCCAUGUCACCCUACCUGAGCCUCCAGCAGACAACCUCCGACUGCGGCCAGCAUCCCUGUCCUCCAGCUCAUCCACCUCCUCCACUCCGACCUCUGCACCCUCUGCCCCUGCCUCUCUAGCCGGGAUCACUCCAGUGCCCACUGUCAUCGGGGCACUGCCCAGCAUAGAGGUCACAGGCCCACAGAGGAAAGAGCUGCUGGUCUCCCAUUGCCAAGAGGGAUCCUCCGGGCGCUUCAAGUGCAGUCCUGAGGAGUUGGACUAUUACCUGUAUGGCCAGCAAAGAAUGGAGAUCAUCCCUCUCAGCAACCCCACCAGUGACCCCAACAACCGGUGUGACAUGUGUGCAGAUAAUCGGAAUGGAGAAUGUCCCAUGCAUGGACCCUUGCAUUCUCUGCGGCGCUUAGUGGGCACUAGUAGCACAGCAUCUGUGGCCCCACCACCUGAGAUACCUGAAUGGUUGCGUGAUCUUCCACGGGAGGUGUGUCUUUGUACCAGUACUGUGCCAGGUCUGGCGUAUGGCAUCUGUGCAGCUCAAAGAAUCCAGCAGGGCACAUGGAUUGGGCCCUUCCAGGGGGUUCUCAUCUCUCCAGACAAAGUUCAAGCAGGGGCUCUGCGAAAUACACAACACCUCUGGGAAAUAUAUGACCAAGAUGGGACACUACAGCACUUUAUUGAUGGGGGAGAGCCCAGUAAGUCAAGCUGGAUGAGGUACGUCCGAUGCGCCAGGCACUGCGGGGAGCAGAAUUUGACAGUAGUUCAGUACAGAUCAAGCAUUUUCUACAGAGCUUGUAUUGACAUUCCUCGGGGCACAGAACUGCUGGUGUGGUACAAUGACAGCUACACGUCGUUCUUUGGGAUUCCAUUACAAUGCAUAGCUCAGGAUGAAAACUUGAAUGUUCCAUCACCUGUUAUUGAAGCCAUGUCCAGACAAGACACUCUGCAACCCUUCAACAAAAAUGGCAAGUUGCCUUCUUCCACAUUGCAAAGGUCUAUAGUUUUCCCACAGACUCCAUGCAACAGAAAUUAUUCUCUCCUGGAUAAAUCUGGGCCUCUGGACACAGGAUUUAACCAGAUUAAUGCUAAAAACCAGCGAGUUCUUGCCAGUCCCACCUCAACAAGCCAACUCAACUCAGAAUUCAGUGACUGGCAUCUAUGGAAAUGUGGACAAUGCUUUAAGACUUUUACCCAACGGAUUCUACUACAGAUGCAUGUGUGCACCCAGAAUCCAGACAGGCCUUACCAGUGUGGACAUUGCUCUCAGUCCUUCUCCCAACCAUCAGAACUAAGAAACCAUGUAGUCACCCACUCCAGCGACAGACCCUUCAAGUGUGGCUAUUGUGGUAGAGCUUUUGCUGGUGCAACCACAUUAAACAACCACAUCCGGACACACACAGGGGAAAAACCUUUUAAGUGUGAGAGGUGCGAUAGGAGCUUCACACAAGCCACACAGCUGAGUCGACAUCAGAGGAUGCCCAACGAGUGCAAGCCGAUAACAGAGAGCACGGAAUCAAUUGAAGUGGAUUAACUGAUUGACUGGUUGGAAUUAAACUGCAAGGAAAGUCAUGAUUAAAUGUCACGGACACUUAAGCAAAACCAAAGAUUUCCUCUGAACAAUUUUCAAUCAGGCCCAGAAAACCAAAAGCAGUAAUAAAAUAAGUAAGAUGUUAAGAGAUAUUGAUCUUGGCACGGAAGAGAGACCACGAAAGACAUUAUUUAUUUAUGAGUGGGGGUGAAUUAUAUUUCAAAGGACAAGGGGACUUCAUCUUUUCAGUCCCACCAUCUAUAUAUAGCUUUAUUUCUGAAUACCUUUUUGUAAAGAAAAAUGUUAUUUAAUACCAAAGUGAAGGCUCAGUUAAGUUUUCCUGCCGAUGGACUCACAUAUGACUGUGAAUGCACAUGGACCUCUUUAGGAACACACCUUUUGUAGCAUGAUUCCAUUCCUCAAAACAGAGCGGCCAGAGCAGUUUCAUUGGAGCAUUUGUCAAGGAUAAUACUUCCAGAGUAGGGUUUGGAGGACCAUACGGAACUCUAGUUUUUUUCUCUCCUGUUAACAAAGUGAUGUUGAUGAUCUGUGUCUAGAUAUUGUUGUGAUGGGAGCCAUAUCUGUGUCAUUCAAAACCAUUUUCCGACCAAAGAGGACAUUUCACACAUCCAUUUAUCUACUGAAUCUACUUACAAACCAUACUUUGUGCACUUUCAUGUUAAAGGUUUCAUAGACAUUGUUUAUGAUAUGUGGGAUAGUUUGGGGGAAGUAAAC